AAACUACUAGAGUACAGAUACAAGAAAAUACCUUAAAUUAGUUUCUCCUCCAAAUCCAAAUUCAACAAUGGCGAUGAGCAAAGCUGAAACCCUACCUCAAGAAAUCAUAAUUGACAUACUUUCUCGGCUGCCUGCAAAAUUCGUAGGUCAAUACAGGUGCGUGUCAAAGCAAUGGCUCAAUUUUCUCUCAGACCCACAAUUCAUCAAAUUUCACCUCACAAUCCAUGCCGAUAAAUUAGAAAAGAAACUCAUUUAUGUCUCUGCUUCUAACUCUCUUCACACUAUCACUUUUAACCACAAUCCCCAAAAUGGAACAACUGAUGCUAUUUCAAGAAAACUUAAUUUUCAGCAGCUCUCAGAUAACUGGGUAAGAGUUGUUGGCUCAUGUAACGGCUUGGUCUUGGUAGUAAAUGAUGAAAUGAUUAAGUAUUUAAUUAACCCCACAUCUCUAAAUUACCAUAGAAUUCCAAACUUUCAUUUGGCUCUUCCUUUACCUGGUAGUUGUAGCGUGUAUGGUCUAGGUUAUGAUUUUGCUACCGAUGAUUAUAAGGUGGUUACUCUUUCUCGAUAUCGAGGGCAUAUUGACAAUACUUUUGUUGAUGUCUACUCUGUGAGAAUGGGUCUAUGGAAGAGACUUCAGAGUUUACCUCAUUAUCGUGCAAUUCGUAUGCGUGCUUCUGGGGUUUUGGUAAAUGGGGCUUUGCAUUGGUUGGCUAGGAAAGCUCCCGAUUAUUCAUAUGUAAUUGUUGCUUUUGAUUUAAGUGAUGAGAAAUUCUUGGAGGUGCCAACACCUGCUACUCUUGAUAACAAUAAUUUUGUGUUUAAUAAGCUUUCGGCUCUUAGAGGGUGUCUUUGUAUGUUAUUUGAUACGUUAGAAAACGAAGUUGAUGUUUGGAUGAUGAGAGAGUAUGGAGAUGUGGAGUCUUGGACUAGAUUUAGGAUUGCUAGACUACAUUUAGAGUAUGGUUCAGUACCAUUUUGUUCAAUCGGUGAUGAUGUGAUGUUUUAUUGAAUGUGGAUAGAGAGAAGUUGACUAUCUACAGCAUGAAAGAGGAUCAAUGGAGAGAUUUGAAGGUUGAUGGAAUAACUGCUAAGUUUGAAAGAAUUGGAACUUUCAUGGAGAGUCUUGUCUCUCCUAUGUUUAGCAAGGGAACCGAGGAUUACCAUAUUGCUUGAUGUAAUGUGCCGAGAUGAUGCUGUUCUCAGGAGUUAAUCUGGUUCUGUUUCACAAACAGAGUUUUAAUCUUUCCUUCUAGUUACUAAAGCCAUGGAGAAAAAGUGCAAUGGAAUGCUAAUAGGAAGGUUGGUCUGGAGCUUCCAAGGGAAUCAUUGACAUAAUUUCUAAUGGUUUUGUUCAAGUUCUGCCAUGGAGUUCAAUUUUCUGCUCCUUGAUUGUCUCCAAACUAAUAUUCAAGACUAAGGCGUUUAUUGAUUUGCGAAUUGGUACUAGGAAGAUUGGAAGUACUAACUCCUUGUUCACAACAGUUUAUACAGGAUCAACUCUUGAUUCUGGGGUUGAACAACUUAAUAUCUCCAAGAAAGUAUAUAGUUUGGAGUAGUCGUCUGAGUACAGGUCUUCCCUGAAGUCGUCGUCGAUGAAUUUCCAACUCUUUCAAAGAAUUAUAUUUACCAAGGAUUUCCUUUGAUGCUUUGUAUCACCAGAUUAUCAAACAUCUUGCCUUCUCAUGCUAUCAAGUUGAUAAGAAAAUAUCAUCAAAAGGGGAAGAUCACUGUGCAAGAAUUUGUUAGGAAUAUCAGUUUGUGAUUGCAAUCAUAAAAUCUAUCUCAACGGGAUGUCAACUUUAUAUAGAUCUUCCUCCAGUAAUAUAAACCCGGGUUAUUCUCA